AUGAUGAGCAGAGUACAACACAUCCUCAGGGCUUUGGAGUCUUCCAGGAGCUUCACAACGGUGGCGGCUCCCGUGAAGAAGGGUGACAUUCUGGAGGUCACGCGGCGCAUUUCCCAGGGGGACGUUGAUCGGUUCACUCGUGUCAUCGGAGACAAGAACCCCAUUCAUUCGAGUGAGCAUCCACUGGAGAAUCGUCUCAUUCCCGGAUCCCUUCUCAAUGGCAUCGUUUCCGGCUUGGUGGGAACUCAACUUCCCGGACCUGGGAGUAUUCUCGUGUCGCAGAAGCUGUCCUUCCCGCACAAGUGUGUCGUGGAUAAGGACAUCAACAUCCGCAUCGAGGUGGCGGAUUUGCGGAAGAUCAUCACAGUGACUUAUGAAUGUUUCCAAGAUAAGAAGAUUGUCUUCAAGGGGGAAGCCAAUCUUAUGUAUAAGGAAGUCUAA